AUGGAUUACCAAGGAGACAUCAUUGAUGAGGACAGCAUGACCCCUAGGGUCUUUGAUCGAACGAAAAAAAGCAUGGCCAUGAAGAACUUCAAUAUGAACAACAACGAGGUGGAGAAUAGCCCAAGUAAAAAACAAACAAACAGAAAAAAGUCCAGAAGUUUUAACAUGGAGGAAGAGGGUAACAGAUCUAUUACCAAAAUUAAGCGAGUCAAAAAAGACAUUACAAAAACGGGAUACGAUUAUAACAAUAUGCAGAAUAUGGAAGGAAUGUACAAAAAUGAAAGCCCACGUACAGGAGGGGACAAAACGAAUAGUUUGGACAACACAGGCACGAAUUGUCGCUUCACAAACAACACGGUGGAAAAAAGCGAAUCUUCCUUUAUGAAUAACGGAUGGCAAACCCCAAAAAAGAGCAACGUAGGAAUGUACUAUUCUGGUAUUGAUAAUCCAUCUACAUUGAAAAAGUAUAAAACGCCUUGUGAAAUGGAUAUGAUAAACCCAGAUGAAAGUUUAAUAGGUAAUAAAUGUAUUACUAUUAACAAUUAUGUGAACCCUCCAAAAUAUGUAGCCCCUGUUGUCACCCCUAGCAAAUUCCCCCUAUCAGGGGAAAAUAAUCCACACAUGACAUAUGACGACUUCCGUUGCCUUUUCAAGCACAAAGCGUGCAUCAUAAGCGAGCACGAAUUUAAUAGUAAAAAAAAUUCCAAUCAAAUUGAUAAUUAUGAAAAUAAGUACAUAGACUGUUUCACGUCCAACUAUGAAAACAACUCUUGGCCAAAUAAGAAGGAAGUCUUAUCUCCAUCCAUAAGAAGGUCAAAUACCAAAAUGUUAAGCAUCAGUAAGGAAUCCCCUAGAACUAGAAAGAAGAAGGUGGAAAAUGGGGCCAAGGUGAACACCAAGAAGCUGCUCAACAUAUUGGGCGAGUGUAGUAAGAAUAAGGGCGACAAGGAAAAUGGAGUUAACAGUGGUGCCAGCGCAAAUAGCGGUAGAAGUGGGCAGGGCGGUAAGAACGUGCACAGCGGACAAAGUGCAAACAGCGCCUACAGCACAAGCACCAAUAGCACUAGUACCAAUAGCCCAACCAAGAGUGAUCAAAAAAAUAACAGGGGCCAGCACCACGCACAGCGAGAAGAAGACAACACGCCCACAGAAUGGAUCGACUACGAAGUCAAUCCCGUUAUUAUAAAAGGCAGCAAUAGAGCCGAAAGAAACGCUGCAUCUAUGGACCAAAUGUCCAAACAAAAGCAGAACCCAUUAACCCCAAUUUAUGAACCCUAUUCAAAAGAUCUAGACACCUUAUUUGAUAUAAGUCAGAUUGAAACCCCAGCCAUUUUACUAGCCAUAUACCGAGGUUUGUUAGUUUCCGUGUCGAGAAGAAACCAAAUGAAUGUACCCGCCUUUUAUCAGCUGGUCAAAAAAGAAGUGAUAAGGUUAAGUAACUGCCAAUCGUUUAGCAUAGAAUUAUUGAAGCAACUCGCAUGGAUAGCACCCAAUUUGAUACAGCUAAAUAAGGUAGUCAUAACGAAGGAAAUUUUUGAAGCAAAUCAAGAAGCCUACCCCGAGUUUGUCACAGGAAGGAAGGUAGAAGAUAUUCAAAUAAGAGAACAUACAGAUGCGUGCGACAAUAUAUAUAAGUAUAGCCCAUCUGACAAACUAGAAAUGUUAAAGAGAAUCAUCAUUAAUUGGGUUAAUGUGAAGCACAAUGAAUUGUUGAAAGGAAUUAACCCUAAUUUUUAUUGCCCCAAAUAUUCUGAACUUAAAAAAUGGCAUUCAAAGUUUAAUUUUAAAGACAUCUCAUUCCCAUCUGUUACGUUGGAGGAGAAUAAAAUUCUGGCCCAACUAGCACAGACUCCUCAAGAGAGCAAUGCUGAUGACUUCAUUGUUAUACAGGACAGCCCCAUAAAGUGUGCUACCAAUGACUUUAGAAAUAAUGGAACUUUUGUAAAAGAUAUUAUGAAAGAGAAAACGAGAACUCCUUUGGGAAGAAAUAGAAGAAGAUCAAACUUCCUCGGUGGGGGAAGUCCAUUCGCUAGCUCAUUUAACAAUCAUAACAACAACAAUAUGGGGGACUCUCCAAGGAAAAAAGAAACAAAUAACAUGAAACAGAUAAGGGAAGAAGCAAACAAGAAAAAUAUAAUAAAAGAAAUUAAAACAAAAUUUGAUAAAGAACAUGAAACAGUAUUAAAUGAAAAAAAAAAAUUGGAAGAUGCAACAUGGAUUGCAGAAAUUAUUCAUGACACAUUUAUAGUAGAAGGAACACAAACAGUGAUAGAAAUAAACUCCUUCUCCAAAAAAGUUGCAGACAAGUAUAAAACGAAUAAAGGUUUCCAAAUGGAUGAGGCCAAAAUAGCACAGCUUAUAGAAAUGCUACCACAUUAUGUAUCGGAUAUUAACUUAAAGCCUAGUAUGAUGGACAGAAAUAAAAUGACCUUGUCAGUCAAAUGUAACAAAAAUCUUGGAACCUUUCUCGAGCCACUUAGCAACAAAAUUAAUGACCUUUCUCGCAAGUACCAAGAGUUGAAAAAAAAUAAAGAAAAGAGAUUAAACGAGUUAUGGAAACAGCACAACGUAGGGUUUGAGCUCACCGAUAAUAUCAAGAAGUUCUUUUUAAACCCCAGUUCGGUUUGCUUCUCAGACAUUUAA